AUGUCAAAGGCAUCACCAAACCCCGAGCAGGGCACGCUUGACACGCCCUCGGGUCCAUCAUCGCAGUCGCAAAGAGUACUUGCAUGCGUGCUCUGCCAGCAGCGCAAGGUGAAGUGUGAUCGCAAGUUCCCGUGUGCAAAUUGCAUCAGAUUUCGGGUGCAAUGUGUACCUGCAACGUUGGCUCCGCGUCAGCGAAAACGCAGAUUCCCUGAACGAGAAUUAUUGAAGCGUAUCCGCAUGUACGAAGUCUUGCUACGACAAAAUAAUGUCCAGUUUGAGCCUCUUCACCCGAACGAGUCGAAGGCGGAGGCCCACUUUGGUCCAAACGAGGAGCAAGCAGAAUCCGCAAGGACGGAUCAGUCGUCUUCGUCGACAUCCGGAAAGCACGAAGAAGUAAACGAGAUCAAACAGCAUCCAGACGCAGAAGAUGAGGACGAUGGCUCAUCUAGCGACGUGAAUGAGGUUGGAGUCAAGAAGGUGUGGGAUCAGCUCUUUACAGACGAUAACCUUCUUCUUGGCUCGCGCAAGACACUUGCCGAGCUGUCAACUCUGCACCCGGAUCCUGUACAGAUAUUUCGGCUCUGGCAGAUUUAUCUCAACAAUGUCGACCCAUUACUCAAGGUCACGCACACUCCAAGCCUACAGCCGCGGCUCAUCGAAGCUGCGAGUAACAUGACAAACAUAAGCCCAACCCUGGAGCCGCUCAUGUUCAGCAUAUAUUCCAUGGCUGUUACGAGCCUCGCAACGGACGAAUGCCAGACCACCUUUGGUUCAACAAAGGAAGACCUUUUGACAAAGUACCAGUUUGGUUGCCAGCAAGCGCUCAUGAACUGUGGAUAUUUGCGAACUGGCGAUCGCGAAUGUCUAACGGCAUUCUACCUCUUCUUGAUCUCCAUCGGACCCGGCACAGAUCCUCGUUCUUUAUCGUCUCUUCUUGGCGUCGCAAUGCGUAUUGCGCAGCGGAUAGGAAUCCACAGCGAGUCGGCCUCUGCCAAAUGCAGCGUCCUCGAAGCGGAAAUGCGCCGCAGACUCUGGUGGUCGCUCAAGAUUUUCGAUAGUCGAAUCGGUGAACUAGCUGACCACAAGACUAUUGUCCUGGACCCUGCCUGGGACUGCAAAAUUCCUCGCAACGUGAAUGACUCUGACAUGCGAGCAGGGAUGAAAGAGCCGCCGCCAGUUCAAGGCGUCUCGAGCGAGGCACUUUUUGCCGUUGUGCGCGGUGAGCUUGGCGAGUUCGUCCGCCACUCCAAAGCCUACCUUGGUUUUACCAACCCGUCUUUGAAAUAUUUCUUAUCGGAAACUGCUCCUGAAGACGGUGAGAUGGCCACUCUGCAGAAGAUGGUCGAGGAAAAAUAUCUCAGGCUCUGCAACCCGGAGAACCCACUGCACUUCAUGACCAUCUGGUCGACUCGGCUUUUUAUUGCUAAAUACUCCCUUAUCGAACACUAUUGGAAGUACUCCGGCUCGUACGGAGACCGAACAGCAGCGCAGCGCGACAGAGCUAUUGGUUAUGCACUCGCCAUGCUUGAAAGUGAUACUAAGAUACUAGCAUCACCUCUCACCAAGGGAUUCCUGUGGAUAGUUCAUUUUUACUUCCCAUUGCCAGCAUACAUUCAUAUUCUCCAGGAUCUUAGACGGCGACCAUCAUCCAAGCUUGCUGACAAGGCCUGGGAAGCCAUGAGCGAUAACUAUGACGUUCGCGUCAUUACUCACGAAAAGGCCGAGAGCCCGAUUUACGAUAUAUUUGUCAAACUGGUCCUUCCGGCAUGGGAAGCUCGCGAGGCAACACUCAAUGCAACCCCGAUACCGCCCCGAAUUGUAUCGUAUGUCCGAGAGGUCGUGGCGCAAAAGGAGCAGAGUACACAGGCCGGGGGCAUUGAACAUAUGAAUAUUGGCCUCGACGAUUUGAACAUACCUACGCCAAUGCCGAUGUCCAUGCCGAUGGGGUUGGGCAAUUAUGGGUUGCUGUAUGGUGCAGGAGGGCAAGAUAGCUCUACAGGAACAAGCUUUGAUCCCGGACCGUUUAAUCAGUUUGACUGGGCAGCAAUGGACUGGGACUUGGCUGGGCGUCCUGCGUGGUGA